AAACAUUAACAAUAAUCACGAGUAAUGAUGUUGUCGCAUCAAAUCGUAAAUUUGUCGUUUGGACUUUGAACGGUCAAAGAUUAUAUCAUGUUGGUGGACACAAGAAGAGGCUUCCUUCUCCUCAUGUAAAGAUAUAUCGAGCCAGAUAUAUCGUGUUCGUUCUUGCGUGAGGUCUGUUCUUUCCCAUUUCUUCUACAAUCUAUUAAGGGAUAUUGAUAUCGUUGAAUUUUUGUGGCUCGAGAGAAAAGAGAGAAAAAAAGAGAAAAAAAGAGAGAAAAAGAGAGAGAGAGAGUGAGAAAGAUAAAGAAAAUAACAAAGAGUUCGUCGAUUAUUUUUAUUUCGAAAAGAAAGAAGGGACUCUCGAAGAAUGUCCUUCGAAUUAGAAGAAUACCCGAUCGAUUCGGAUACCAAAGCUCUCGCAGUAAAAGAACUCAGAGAAACCGAGGAAAAUGUGAAAGAUGGUAUUGAGACUUUGAGAAAGUAUAUCGAAGAGGAUAAAAAAUUAUACUUUAAAACGAAUGAUGAAUUCCUUAUAAUCUUUCUUCGACCAUGUAAAUUUUAUCCACAAAGUGCUUACGAAUUGAUAAAGAGAAUCGCUGACUUUAAACAAAAGCAAGCUGCUCUUUUGGACAAUUUAAUACCUUCCGAUGAAAAGAAAUCUUUUCUCGAAUACAAUGUCGUCAAUGUGCUCAAAAAUAGAGAUGAAAAAAGACGAAGGGUAUUGAUACUUAAUAUCAACAAAUAUUGGGAUCCUUCGAAAGUCAGUGCCGAUCAAUUAUUUCGAUUGCUUUAUAUCAUCCAUGAGGCCGCUAUGUUCGAACCUGAAACACAAGUACGCGGUUCCAUCGUAAUAAUGGAUUUCGAUGGUCUCUCGAUGAAACAAGUGAUGGGUUUGACACCAUCUUUUAAUAUAAGACUUCUAACUUUUAUUCAAGAUGCCUUACCGUUCCGAUUGAAGGAGAUUCAUAUCGUAAAACAGCCGUUUCUCUUCAAUAUGGUCUGGCAAAUGUUUAAACCGUUCGUUCGUGAAAAAUUAAAAAAACGUAUAUUUUUCCAUGGCACGAAAAUGUCCUCAUUGCAUAAUUACAUUGCAUCUAGUCACUUACCAAAAAAUUAUGGUGGUGAAUUACCUGAAAUCGAUUAUACCAGCGCCGAUUGGUAUCCGACAAUUCUUCAAUACGAAGAUAGAAUAAAAGAAUGGAAUUCAUAUGGGUAUCGCAAAAAUGAAUAAUCUCGAUCUCCUAUAGGGUAUUCGUUUUCUUUUUCUCAAACAAAAUCAAGUCUGGAAUAUUUUUUUUUAUUAAUCGUUGUUAAUUAAAAAAUAAAUGUUAAAGAUUAUAUAUCUCA